AUGCUACCAUUAAACUCUGGCCAAAAUAGUUUGUGGUCUCCACCAUUGAGCCAACCAACACUUCAUAAUGGCACCACCAUUCCAGACAGCACUCGACUCAGUCUGGCAGAGCUGACUGUGGGAGAUAUACUAGAGCAGUAUAAGUACGACGCCGAUCUACUCAAAUGUAUUCUGAUAGCAAAAGCAGAAGAAGACAAAGCAAGUAGAAGAACGGCAGAAGAAGUCCGCCGAGCAGAAGAGACCAAUCUACGUGCAAAGUACAUUGAUCUUGAGCUGGUUCAUAUGAGACGGGCAAGUGAUUCUCCUUCAUUGAUUGAUGACUUCAUCAGUGGGUCGUUUGGAUCCCUUGGUGUAUCUUCUGAGUUCUUACCUGAGUGGCCUUCGAUACAAUCAUCGCAAACAAUGUCGGUGAUGUCCCCAGUCGUGAAUUCACUUAUGGAACACCCCUAUGAGAAAUCACCGUCGCCCACGCAAUGCUUGACCAUACAACCCCAUUCCCCUGGUACAGCCUUCGAAGUUCCAUUUGCCGGUCUAUCUAUCUCGACCUCAUCGUCGCCUGAACCGACAGAAGUCGUUACUGUACAAAAAAAUACAGAAACUGCUGAAUCAACAGAACCACCCCCUGUGGUUGCUCUUUCUCCACCAAAAGAGAGAUCCUGUAAACGUACGCUUUCUCGCACACGCUCUCAGCGUCGACCUGGAAUGAGUGUCAAGACAUCGAAAAAGAAUCGAUCAGCAACAGCUCAACCUCUCCCACAACCUCUUCCACAACCACCUAGAGAAGUCGAAGUCGAAGAAAAACAACUUGACCAUGGUGCGGUUAUGGAGGCAUUGCGAGCCAAAAUUCGCCGAUCAGUUCCCAGUCAGGAAGAACUAGAAUUACAGGCAACUUCUGAUCAAUUAGCCAGUAUGUCUCAGACCGGUGUCCUUCUCCUGGAUCUUAAAAAUCCACGAAAGUUGUUUCCAGUACGAAGAACGCCUGCUUCACCACGUGUACCUGUUGCCCGACGUCCACGUCCGUUUACAUCAGCACAUAACCAUGUUGAGAAAUUAAAGGAAGAAGGACCAAUAAACCCUACACCUUCUUGUAAAAAUUAG